GCCAGAUACUUGAGUGAAGAAGAGAUUCAGAUCCUGAAGCAUGAGUUUGAGGAAUAUGAUACAGACAAAGGAGAUAUGUCUGUUCCAGGCAACAUCACAGUGGAAGAGUUCGGCCGCGUGAUGAAGAAAUCGGGCCAGAAUCCCACUGAAGCAGAGCUCGCGCAGAUAAUCAAAGAAGUCGACCUCGACGGCGACGGGACGAUUAAUUUCGAUGAAUUCAUCGCCAUGAUGACUGGGCGCUCCCGCGCCCCUCCCCCCGAACCAACCGAGAAAUCCGAUGCGAUCAUGGAGCUAGCCUGCAAGUCCGCCUGGAAGGAAGUCGACCCUGGCUUGGAGCGCAAGAUCAGCGCCGGGGAGUUCCAGAAGGUGAUGGGAGCGCUGGGGGAGAGUUUGAGUGAGGCGGAAGUGGGGGAUGUGGUCAAGGGAGAUGCGAUUAGCUUAUUUUUUGUACUAAUGUUAGCUGUAGAUCAGGAGUUUGUGAGCUUUGUAAAAAGGAGGCAGGUGGAUGAGAUUGUUCAGGGAUAUGGGGCUUAA